UAAGAACGCAGCCAUAACCCAAAUGAAUAGAAAAAUCUGGCAACAUUGGUAUUAAUGUCACUGUCAGUCUUUCUUCGGGAAUCGGGAUUGCGAGUGCUUUAGGUUAUGAUUGCAAAUAAUGCACUAAAUAUUAAAAUUAAGCAUUAAUAUAAAAGAAGUAUUCAUAACUUCUUAGAAUUCGUGUGUUACAUAAACACACAGCUCAAACCGCAAUCGCUUUUAAAGUUAUUUAAAAGUUUAAAGAAUGGAUGACUUACUUAAUGUAUUACUUAGAUUAAAAGUUUCUACAAAUGAAAUUAUGCUGGAUUCAAUACAGGUUACGCUAGCAACAGCUAAGAAAAAUGGUGCAUCUACCCUAGAAAUGAGGGAAUGCUGGACUGAAAUAUUACAGAUGUUAUGGGAACAUCUACAAACAGGGCUUAAUAAGUUUGAUGACCAAUUGCUUUGCGCAACUUGUUACUAUACAGUUCUUACAAUAUCACAGAAGAGAGAUGUAAAUGACAUAUUAAGUGUGGUUAGAGAAGAAAUAAUUGCCAGGCAAGAAAAUAGAAGGGACAACACAAAAACUACUCAAGCAGUGUCCCUGAUGUAUGGGUUGUUUCAAUCAUCAUUUCUUACCCAAGUUAAUGCAUGUGAAUUCCAAAAUGUACCUGAACUGUUACAAGCCAUUUUUGGAUUACUUGUGCAGAUGGCUUAUGAAUAUUCAAAGUACACAUUUAUUGUUUUCAAAACAAUAAACUCCUUUAAAAAAGUUUAUGGUACUGAUUUUCAGCAGUGUCUCCUUAACCAGGCAAAUAUUGAGAAAUUAUUGAAUUUAAUUAACCACAAUUGGGAAAAUCCAAUCACUGGUGUAAGAGAUCUUAAUAAAUGUGUUUUCAAAAUUGUAUUAUCAGUAAUUGAUGAUAAAAUGCAUGAUGCAUUACUGGAGGAAAUAAAUGGAUUUUAUUGGAACAAAGCAAAGUAUUUAAUGCUUGCAGAAAUAAUAAAACAAUGGAAAAGAGAUAUUACACAAUUGAUAUCACAUGAAGAUUGGAUAGAUGGCCUUAUAAGUAGUCUUCAUAAACCUGGACUAGUAGCAGCAGGGGCUGAUAUGUAUAUAGCAGUUCUCAACAAAAUAGAUUCUCAGGGCGAAUGGAGUCAUUAUGUGGUAUUUGUGAAACCUAUUUUGGAAAUACUAAAUGGACCAUCACAGACUGCUAUAGGAAAUUUUUGUAACUACUGGUGCUUAAGAACUUUUAAAUACUAUAGAAGUCUAGCUGCUGUCCUUAUGAAGCAUCUAGAAGAAUUGCCUUAUUCAGAACAUAAAUUGUACAGCAGUUUAUGCAUAAUGAAACAAGCAUGCCAUUUUGGGCUUGUGACUAAAACCUGGGAGUCUACAAAUUAUGGAUUUACAGAGAAAACAAUACUUGAAGGUUUAGAACACUGCAAUAAUGACAUAAGAAUUGUGGCAUUUCGCCUUCUAUGUAUGGUUGGUAAUGAUAAAAAAUAUAUGCCCACCAAAAUCGAAUAUGAACUUGUGUUGAACUUUCUGUAUAAUAAUGUGAAUUCAGAUUGUACAGUUUUAAGGCAAAACAUGCUAACAAGUCUAAAUAACUUUUUGUGUCAUCUAAAUUUAUCAUUUGUAAAUUUGAAAAAGAUCCUAACAAAUGAAAUGGAGGACUUGAAAUAUUUCUGUUUCAAGUGCCUAGAUUUUAUAAUAAACAGUUUGACGGUUGAUGGUAACUACCAACGAAAGAUAACUUCUAUUAAGCUAGCACAUACAGUUUUUAACAGCUUAAAUCAAUUACUCAAUAAAAAGCAAAAGGAAAGACAGCAAUAUAACAAAACAAUCAUUCAAAUGUUGGAAGAUGAAGAUCAAUGGUUAAUGUGCAAGAAAACUGUAUUCUCGUAUCUAGUGAAACUGCUAAAAGAUCCAUCAGAUGAUAUUAGGGAUAACGUGGCACAAUUGCUAUUCGAUCAUUAUUCCACACAAUUAAGGGAAACUGAGUGUUUUAAUAUCUUGAUAGAUGAUGCCUUAAAGUGUAUGAGAAGUAAAUUCUUCUUUGAAAUAAGUUGCGGACAAACUGUGUUCAAGCUGAUUAUAAAAUUGUUGCUACAGCAAAGCCAACCAGAAGCAAUAUUUAAAAGUGUGGAUGAUAUAUUUUUAUUUGCCUAUACCGAGUUGACUAAUGAAUAUAAACUGGAAAGUGGAAUAGUUGAAUCUAUUGAGAGAGGAAAACAGUUAUAUUCCUUUAUGAGCAUUUUACAAGUAGUAUUGGAAGUGUGUCAUGAAAAUAAUUCUAAAGCCCAUUUACUCAAUGAAAAUACAUUGGAAUUAUUAGAUGUCCUAAAAGGUGUUACAAAUCAAUUUAUUUGGGAGCAAGAAACUUCAACCAGCUCUGAUUUCGCGAAAAUGAGUGAUAUGGUGGAACAUAUUAUUCACACUUCUGAACACAAUCUUUCUGUUAAAAAAGAUCACACAAAAAUAUCUGGAUUACAUCAAAUGGUGUUAAAUUGCCUUUGGUUGAAUGUAAAGGGAUCUUGUGAAUUGUCGGCUAUGAUAAUUAAAUACCAAAAAGAAGGUACACAAGUUGAUAUUUGUGAAAAAGCCCUUGAUAUAAUAAGUCAUGUUUUAGAAACUUGUCGUCACAAAGGUGCUAUAGAGGCGGCAGGCACGUUUAUGGGGCAAAGCAUUCAACACUUGACAUCAUUAUCAGAAGGUUUAGAACUUUCUAAACUGCCGCUAGCUUUUCUAAAGAACAAACUGAAUGAUUUAAUAUCUGAAGCAGCUAGAAUGGCUUCAGUAACUAGAAGAGGAGCUGGUCUUUCGAUCAUGGUUCACAGAAUAGUAUCCAGUGAUACAAAAAAGGGAAAGCCUUUAUUCCAUUACUUCAUGAAAACAAUACUAGACACUUGUAAUAAUGCGGAUAACAUGCCGAAAGAAUUAGCAAGAGUAGAAAAUAUAGACAAUGAAAAGGACCUGCCUAAAGCAAUUUACAUCCAUUUUCUGACAAGGAUUGUGACGGAUAGUAGUCUGGCUUCAGAAAUAAUGUUCUAUUCAGCUGAAUUAGCUGAGCUUGCGUUUAGUAAUCUUACAAGUUCGCAUUGGCAGAUAAGAAAUGCAGCCCUUCAGUUAUAUGGUGCCUUGAUACAGAAACUGAUUGGUCAGAAAAAGGCGUCUGGUACAGAUGAAGAAACCAUAGCCACAGUUGCUUGUGACGAAUUACGAACUCAUUCCCCUAAGCUAUGGCUUUACAUUCAAAAACAACUGAACAACAAAGUUUACGACGAUAAACUUCAGUACCAUUCUAAUUUGGUACCAAUAUUGAAUAUGUUGGCCAGUACAGCAAGACGGUACAACUUUUCAUCUGAUCUUUUAGAACAGAAGCAAGUGGAUACAGAGAUUUUGCAUAAUCUUCUGUUGCUGCUUGACAGCCCAAUACAUACCGUGCGUCGUCUGACUGCCAAAUGCAUUUUUAACAUUUAUUCCUUUGACGUGAUUUACAAUAGCCUUAUGAGUCACGAAUGUGGAUCGGAGAACUAUCUUCACGGAAGUCUGAUGCUAAUUGCAAAUUGUUACAAGCUAUACAUGAACAGUAAUUUUAAAAGUGAGUUUGUUAAUCUUCAAAAUAAGUAUUCCACAAUUUUCAAUGCUAAGAAGCAUUCUUAUAUGAGCAAAGAGAUUUUUGAUGAUAUGUUCUAUGAGGGGGAUGCAAAUAUUAAUAACAUACAGCUGACAUUAUCAGAACUAAAUAAAAAUAUUUAUGCGCCUGGUGUGUUCUUUUGGGCAAAUAAACGUUUUCGAAAAUAUUUCCAAACUGCUGCUUGGAAUGUCAUACCUGAAGUGCUUAAAAUUAUAUUAAAUCAGACUGAUGUAGAAAGUUUAUGUGAGUUAUUGUUAGAUAAAAUAAUGAAAACAAAUGAUAUUCCAGAUGAGAAUGUCUUGGAGCUUACAAAUAUAAUGCUGUUGUUUAAAGGUAAAUUUGACAGUAGUGUUGUGUGGAAGGUACUUUAUCAAUUGUCACUGAAACUUAAUGAAACACAAGCUGCACUUGUAUGCACUGAAAUAUAUGAGGUUUAUGAAUAUAUGAAAGAUCAGAAAGUCUCCUAUAAAAUGAGAUAUAUAAUUCCAUUGGCUGCAAGACUCAUUGCUUUAGGGGUACAAGCAAGUAAAGUGCUGAUAAUUUCCAAAGUAAUUGAUUCUUUGACAAAUCCUAGUAUUACAGAUGUUGAUAUGAGAUAUAUUGCAGCAAUGGCUAAUAAUGAACUUGCCAAUGUGUUUAGGAUGUUACCAGAAGAAGCGAAAAUUAUCGCUCUCAAGUCUGUUCUAAUUCUUUUACAAGAUGAAGAUGAGGAUAUAAGAGUUAUGAGUGCAGAUUUCUAUAGAAGAGUGAUGUCUCUAAAAGUAUUGAUACAGCCAUAUGUAUGCUGGCUGAAAAUUUUAGAUCCUCAGUUUUUGAGUACUGUACUGAACAAGCCAAAUAUUCAAAUAGUUUCAAAAGAACUAACAGCAUACUUGUUGAAAGUGACAAGUUCCAAGACGGUGGAUGAGUACAAUCCUUUUGCUAAUGACUCUAGCAAUAUUUACAUGGAAGUGACGGUUUUCAAACCAUUAAUUGAUAAUUUAAAAAAUGUGUAAUUGAGAAUAUAUUUUU